AUGGCCUCCAAGCGCCCACGCACGGGUCAUGAGUCCUACUAUAGACAGGUGGAUGGGGUGAAGUGUGACCGAGCUUUGCUGGAGGCCGCCGAGCGGGCGGCCAAACAUGGUGCCAUCUCCUUGUCGGAGGCCAUGGAUCUCUGGGAGAAGGCGAAGGAUGGCAAUCGGAUCACGGCCGUGGAGCGACAGACCUUGGGCUGGGUGCUGGAGCACCUGCAGUUGACCGAAAAGGCCAAAGCCUUCCUGGAGCAGCAGCUGAGCGAUGGCUCUUACUACACCACCAUAGGCCACACCAAGUACAGCCGUGGCCUGCUGGAGAAGGCGGAAGGCUUCGCUGCUGAGCAAAGCAUCUCUCAGCAACAGGCCUUGGAGUUGUGGCAGCUGGCUCUGGACGGCGAACGCUUGGGGGACUGCGAGCGGCGCACGCUCCGGUACAUCCUCCAGAAUUUGAAUGCGACCACCGGGGCGAAGAAAUUCCUGCUCUCCAAGUUGGACCCUGCAGUGACGCCUCCUGCCAGCGCCGCUGCCAGCAGCGGUGCGGCGCCUGCCGUCCCACCGCGGAGCUUGAGCGUGUCGAGGGCAACUUUGUCCCCCGAAUGGAUUCUGUCCUUCAUCGGCACCCUGCUGCUAGCGAUCUUCUGUCACUCCGCUUCUUUGCGGAAGUCAUAG